AUGCGAGUUGGCGACCCACUAAAAUAUGCCGGUUUUCCUGUCGGGAUCCCACGUUCCUCCCGUGCCCCACGCCCUGUUUGGCAGCCUCGGCCCACGAGCACACGCACAAGGUCGCUCCCUGCCUUCCAGCCUGGAGUAGCUAGCUAUAAAGCCACACCAUCGGGGCAUCCAGCCGAAGGGAAGCCAAUACUAGCCAACGUGCGCACGUACAAGAUCCAACAGCAACCUGCACCGGACGGAAUCUGCUCGAGACAUGGCGGCAGCGGCAGCGGAUUGCGGCGGCCGCCGGCGGUCGGCGUGCUCAGCCGUUGCGUCAAGGACGAGGCCGCGGCCAGGAACGCGGCGGCGGUGGCGCAGGCCGCGGCGGCGUGCACGAUGCUACUGAUGCCGGGGGCCGACGUGGCGCCUGCCGACGCCGCCGCCAGGGAAGAAGAUAUUGAAGCGGCGGCCGCGGUGGCGGGGCAGGGGCAGCUCAAGAUCAGCUACGGCGGGUGCGUGUUGGUGUUUGACGACGUCCCGGCGGACAGGGCCUCCGAGCUGGCGCGCGUCGCAGCCUGGCGGGAGUGGCCGGCCGGGGCGGCCGACGCCCCGGUGGCGAGGAAGGCGUCGCUGCAGCGGUUCAUUCAGAAGAGGCAGGACAGGCUCCACGCUCGGGCGCCGUAUGCCAGGCAGGAGACACCGUAUGCCAUGAAGGGGAAGCACGAAGGAGACGCCGGCCGCUGGCUCGGGCUGGGUAUCUCUGGAGCCGGAAGAUGCGCGCGCUGAUGCUGCUGGCCUAACCUGGCCGUCUCACCGUCCCUGCCUGACUGCCUGUUGCCGACUAGCCGUCGGCACCGUGGACUGAACUGCUUCUUCCUGCGUGAAAAGAUUGUCGUCGACCUCGUGCCAAGGUCGUGGAAUCAUUGACAUGUGUAUAUGUAUAAUACAAAUUUCAUCUUAUAUAUAUGGCGAAAAUUGCCAGCUCAAGUCACAACAAGGCAAACGUGUGUACAAGUUCUCAUGUUUGCACUCUUUAGUACCAUGGUGGAAGCUAUGGAA